AUGUACUAUAUGAAGAGAUGUGGCAACGAUAGAGCUUUGCUGCAGCGUAUAGAUUACGAAGAAGAUGCAUUGGCAAUGAUAGAAGUUUGUAUAGAAGAGAAGACAAUUAGGAUAGCAGUUUCAACAACUCAGGUAGACCAGGAAGGAGAAUAUUCAAUCACACCGAUUAAGCAACGUAGUAUACAUGAGGAAGUUAGUGGAAAAGGAAUUCAGGAUGAAGACAUUGAUGCGUACAAGGUGUGGCUCAAUAAGCUGCCACAGGAUGAAAACAACCCAGACGCAUAUUUAGAUGAUGAAACCAUUGAAGAAGACGGAAGUGGUGACAAUAGCGCAACACCAAUGCAGUUUCCAGCUCAUGCUCAUAGCCCAAAGGCCUCUUAG